UUCCUAUCAAUCAUAUCUUACCACAAUACCACUACUAUAUAGACUGUGCUACUAUAAUAGUAGACGGUAGUAUAAGUAUAGUUGUUAUACUGCAAACUGUUAUAGUUAGUACUUCGGAAACAUUGAGAGGUGUUGCACGUAGAUGAGACUGUACCGUCGGGCUGUUCCUUAGUUAAAUAUUUCAUUUUAUACAUUUAUUUACAGUUCAUAUUAUAAUGAAUGCUUCCACACAAUACAGUAUGCGAUGGGAUGACUUUUCUUCCCAUUUUACGAACGAAUUUGUGUCUCUACGGAAUGAUGAACAGUUCGUCGAUGUUACAUUAUGUUGCGAUGAUCAAUUCAUCAAAGCUCACAAAGUUAUUUUAUCAGCAUGCAGCCCUUAUUUUAAAAAAAUACUCAUGAUGAACCCAUCAAAACAUGUCACAGUUAUUAUGCACAAUGUGGAAUAUGAACUCAUGAAGACUUUAGUUGACUUUAUGUAUUUGGGAGAAGUACUCGUAAAUCAAAAUAAUGUUGAUAGAUUUUUUAAAUUAGCCAAAACAUUCAACAUAAAAGGAUUUCAAAAUGGAUUCAAUAAAAAUGAAACUUCAAUUUUGCCUUCCUUAUGUGAAAAUGUAGAGCAAGAUGUCCCAAAAAAUGAUGUUAUUGAUUCAAUGGAUAACCAUGAUGAUGGAUUAUUUGCUAAUCAACUAGAUCAACUCAAUCAACUUGUGAAUCCCAAUGAAAUAAUUAAACGAAGAAAAAUAGAACCAAAUUAUUGGCAACAAUCUACUGAAACAACUCCAUCAACACAACCUGAAAAACAGAGGUGUCAUUCUUUGGAUCCACGACCGUGUCCAGAGUGUGGGCGUCAAUAUAGCAGUUUAUCUAACUUAAGGCAACACAUUGAAUUAAUUCAUAAACCAGGUUGUGUUGUUUGUCCUUUAUGCGGUAAAACAUUCAAAAAUAAGCUUUACCUACGGCGGCAUUUUAUUAGUUUUCAUGAAAUGUUACCAUCCAAAGUACAAAAUACAUCUGAUCCAGGUACACCUUACGCUUCAAAUCCAUUACAUUAUCAAUCUGAUCAAAGCCAGCAGAGAAUACAAAUAAAAGAACAGUCUAAUAGCCAACAAUUAAGUUCUACUUGUUUUGAUCAAAGUAUACUUCCACGUUAAGUAGAGCUAUAUGACAAAAUAUGUAAAGCUGCUUUUUUAAUGAUUGUUGUUAUUGUAUUAUUAUUGAGUAUUAUCAAAGGCCACAGGUUUAAGCGUCUUAUUGUAAAUUUAUUAUUGGCUUUUUAUGUGCAAUUAUAUUAAAUGUAAAUACUUGAUUCUUUAUUUAAAAAUACGCUAUUUUUGCAGGCACAUGUUCAGCAGGUUUAUAGGGCACAAAACCCCAUAAGUUUUAAUGAUAUACAUUUUUUGAUUUUUUUUAAAGUAUUUUAAUAAUUUUUGAAAUUAAUCAAAUUCUGACUAUGUGCCUGAUUUCAUGAUCUCUAAAUUAAGUAUUACAAGAUGUAUUGUAGCUAUACAAUUUCUAUACAAACCAAGAAUUAUAUUUAGCCUGUAUCUAAUUUUAUUUAUAAAACCAUUAAAUAUGGUGCUAAUACAUGUUAUCCCAAUAGAUUAAAAUAUUUAAAUCUCAUAGUCUAAUCAAUUUAAGAAUGAAUGUAUAAAUGUUGUUUAAUAGAUACUUAUCAGUUAUCGUUAUCCACUAAAAAUAAUUAAUGCUACUAAUUUAUUAAUAACAACUAACAAUGUACCACUUUUGUAACCCUUUUUUGUGUAACUAGGCAUAACCUACAGAUCUAGAUUCUUUAAUUAUAAUGUAUAAUAUUAUAUUAAUUUUAAAAUUUAACUUUAAUUCAAAUACUUUACAGCAUUUAUAUAGAAACUAUGAAACAAAAGUAUAUUAAUAUAUUAUAAUCAUAUUAUUUCUUCAUAGUCAAUAUUUAAUUUUUUUGUAAUGUAUUUUCAUGAUUUAUGUAUAGGUUAAAAUUAAUUUUAAGAGGUAGUAAAAUUGUCAACAUGUCCAGAAAAAUAAUAUCAUAAUUUCAAAAAUAAUAUGAUUAUUUAAAAACCAAAAUACAAUCAUAACUCUAGUUGUCUAAAUCUCUUAUUAUGACACAUUAUUCCAUGAGCAAUUGGUUAAAUUGAUAAUUUUAAAAUCUUAAUAUAUUUUAACAUUUUUUUUAUUAUUAUUAUUUUACUUACUUCAACGUUGUAAGGUUUUAUUACAUUUAGAAUUUCAUAUAUGGCCACCAGACUUACACUAUUGAUUAUUUUUUUUAACAAAUACCAUUCUUGAAACUAAAGGCCACCAUUUCAGAAUUAGAUUCCCUUAAAGAUGUUAGUCUUUUUAGAACUUAUUUAAUAUAUUACAAUCAAACUACACUUCAUUACAAAUUAAUUUUAGCCUGGCUUUAAAACUUAAUUUAAUUAUUAAGUAUAAGCCUAUUAAUGUACUAGUUAUAUCAAUAACCAAGUCAGAAAUUGACUUCAGCUUCAUUUUGCACUUUAUACAUAAUAAAUAUAUAUAUACAGUAGACAUUGUUUAUAAUGACACCAGUUGUAGUGACAUAUCAGGUUUUUAUUACUUUAACGUAAAAUACUUGAAACAAUUUAAAUUUUAGAUUUUUUUGUUGGUGCCUUGAACCUCAUUAUAAACAAUAUCUACUGUAAAAAAUCAAUUCAAAAUAAGUUCAGUAAUGUGCGGCCAACUUGUGGCUUUGUUCUCUUGGUCAACUAGGCGGGAAAAGCCAGUUGACAUCACAAGACA